CGCUCAUCAAACACCUGCCGUCAUUUCCGUCUCGCGAGAGAGGUGAGCCGCAUACUCCACUUCACUCUCGGCGGCAUGAAGCACCACGCCAUGAGGUCCCCGUCCCGCGCCUCGCCGUCGGCAAUGGGCGCCGCGAACAAGUUCUCCCACCACCACGCCGCCAUCGCGAAGGCGCCGGCUCCGAGGAAGAUCAGGAUCGUGCACGUCCUGGCGCCGGAGGUCAUCAAGACGGACGCGCGGAACUUCCGCGAGCUCGUCCAGCGCCUCACCGGGAAGCCGGCCACCGCAUCGUCGUCGUCGUCGACGCUGCCGGACCCGCGCGACACGGCGGGCGACGAGCUGGGUGGCCUUGUCGCGGACGGCGCCGGCGCCGCGGCGGCGAUCAAGGCGGAGGCGAAGGUCGAGGAGACCGAGGCGGAGACGGCGUCGGCGUCGGCGGCGGGAGGAUUCCUGCACCACGCGCUCGGGGAAGAGGACAGUAACGAUGGGUUAUCACAGUGGCUAGAGAAUGGCUUCUGUGCCGACAUGGAUUCCAUCAGUUUCUGAUGAAUUGAUCAGGUGACGCCCUGGGAGUUUAGACUUAGGAUUUUCUAGCUCCUUUGAUCCCUCGGAUUUAGAUGAUUCCACCUAUAUAAAAUGACGGAAUUUUCGAUCCCCUUGAUCCCUCGCAUUUAGAUAUAUAAAAAUUCCACCCGUCUAAAAUGAUGAGUUUUUUUAGCUCCUUGAUCCCUUGCGUUUAGAUAAUUCCACCUAUCGGAAACAUCCUUUCCGUCGUUAAUUUAGAUGGUUUAUUCAAUAUUUCAUUCCGUCAGAUGCUAUUUUCUCCGUUCUCACAUUUUUGUUUAUGGCUCUUCACAGUUCACUUCAUAACUAGUAACAGAAUUGAAACAUCCUUUUCGUUAUUAAUUUAGAUGGGUUUAUAGUAGCUUCCAGUGGAUUUUUCUGAGUGUCCGGGGCUAACCUGUCGCACGUAGAACCAAAAUUAGCACAUUAGAAACUAAACAUUUUAUCCGGGAGAAUUGCCGAGUGAUCUGUGUAGAACAUUUGCCCUUGAAAAGAAACAACUCUCUAUGGUUGUUUGAUUGAUCUCAUCAAAGAGUUUACUGUUUCAAAUGUUGCGCCAUUGACGUCAUGACGUGUGAAGGGAGUGGUUGCUGUCGUCCCCACUGAUGCUGCAAGCAUGCAACUGCUGAUAAGAGCAGAUCAGGCUUUAGUUUGUACUAAUGGAAAGUAAAAAACAGAUAUAUUUGCCUGUU